AAUAACUACGCCCUGGAGUCUCUUGCUGUUUCCGCCGCCGAGUUGUUGGGAUCCGAGCCCGUCGUCUGAACAUCACUUCCGCUCGUUUCUUCUUCUUGGACUGCAGCUCUCAAAAGCGCGGUAAUCAUAAUGAUUCUCUGGAAUCUCGUCACUCUUUUCUCUCUGGCGGCCGAUGCGUCGCCGGUUGCACUUGUUCAGUCCAGCGGGAGCGGGGAGGAGUCGCAGGCGUUGGCGCUUCGCCAAGUCACCAUCGACAAAUGUUCUCCCUCAUCGCCAGAUGGAAUCCAGCCGGAAUGCUGGCAGGUCUUGGAAGUGAACAACCACCUGAACGACUGGUGGUCCAAGAACUCUGAAAGGUGCAAAAAGCAAAACAAAGGGUUUUCCCAAUGCUACUUGGACACGGCGGGGCUGAUCACAUGGAGUUGUGACUUCAUCUCCCUCAACGCAUGCACUCCGCCACCCAGCGGGCGAGACGACGAGUACGCCUCUUAUCAGGAAUUCUAUGUUAUCUGGAACAUUUACACGAUCAAUCUCUUCUGGACCAACUAUCACCAGGCGCUUAUGCAAGGCCAGGCAACUGCCAUCGGUGCGGUGGCCGAGAUUGUCAAAGUCGUUGCCCCUCCAAAGACCAAGAAUGCCAAGACGCCGCUCUUUGCUCCCAUCUGGGCCAUCACAACUGGCCAGCUAGCUAUGAUAUUCCCUCCCCUCGGCGCUUACGUGUAUACGAGCAUGGCUCUCGCUUCUGUCAUAGGCGUUCUCGGCGGUGGUGCUGGUUUGGUCAACCUGUUGUUCCCCCCAAAGCAGGUUAACCCAGUUCCGUGGGAAGGGCUUUCGGCCGCUUUGUCCGAGCACGUGAACGAAUACCAAAAAAACGUCGGGGUGGCUUUGACUGCUAUCCAAACCGACUUCGAUAAGUUCUACGCCAUGACUUCGAAUGGCGGCUUCAGUCAAAAAUUCAGGACAAAUCUCCCGGAAAAUACCGACUUCAUGUAUCACAACCUUCUCAAGUGGACCCUCAACGAGGCGCUUCAGCAGAUGGACUACUUUGUCGUGAAGAAUCCCGGCGUUGAUCCGCGCAAGAUCCCGAUCGAUCCGUACGACUGUACUAAUCUGGACCAAUUCAAUACUUGUGGCCCAAUUUGGUACGAUGGUAAAGAUUCCUACGGUCUUGCUAGAGCCAAUGACAUCGGCAUGGAUCGCAUGAAGGAGAUCUUGGACGUCGCCUUCGCGAAGAACUGGACCACGCCGCAUGAGCUGUACAUCGACUCACAGUCGUGCCGCGGGAAGAACGGCUCCGAGGCGUUUGAUGCCAAGGACCUGAUGCUGAGCUGCGUGUCCAACCUCCCUGUGUGCGAGUUCAACUUCGAUUUCAACCCGUUUGAGGUAAUGGACACCCGGUACAACCCACCGCAGUUCACGAAUUGCCCGAACAUGAGGGGGUAUGGUACUCCUAACAUGUGGAGCAACGAAGCUGGGGUUCCACUUACGUACCUGGGUCCCUUUUUGAUGGUCGACGUGAUUUACAACGAGAAGCAGGGCUGAUUCAAGAUGUAUCGCGGCGGGGCUACCAGAUUGGAACACGUCUGACGAGGCAUUCGGUGUUGUAGGAUAAGCAGAAAGGACACGACUCGGUCAACGAUGUCAAAUCAUCUUGGAACUUUGGGAAACCCACGAGCGGCUGUGCGGGAAGUUUGGUAGCAGUCGAAAACUGCAUGGAACUGAACCUAGCGCCCGCUUGUAUUCAAAGACACAAUGUCUUAAAAACAAAUACAGUUGACUAAACGAAACGACUCGAAAUACCUCUUGAAUAGAUAGUUUCCUAAUGGUACCGAAG